AUGUCAUACACCGGCCCGAUCAACCCCUUUCCGAACGCCAAGCACCUCCCCGUCUCGCUCUACGGCUACGUCCCCAACCAAGGCUUCAACGUCUUCGCGGCGGUCGCUUGGGGGCUGGUACUUGCUGCGCAUUGUUGGUGGCUAUACAAGAAGGGGCCGAGGGGGGCUCAGAGUCUGGUCGUUUUCGGAUGCAUCUGGGAACUCAUCGGCUAUUCCAUCCGCGUCGACACCCACUCGGAGCCAUUCUGCGCCGACCUCUUUAUCGCCCAAUACGCCAUGCUUCACCCCGCGCCGGUCUUCUUUGUGAUGGCGCUGGUCAAUGCGAUCGCGUGGGGGAUGGAGGGAACGGACGAUGCGAGUGUGUAUGAUAGGUUCAGGCCGAGGGCGUUUGCUGGGAUUCUCCAAGCUCUCAACAUCAUCUCAAUCACCCUCGUCGCGGUCGGUUCUACGAUGUACGCUGUCGCGCUCGCUCGGAUGGCCACUCCAGAGGCGGUCAAGUUCGACGGAGGAGCUGCGCGGAAAGUGUUGAUUGCAGGUCAUGCACUCCAGGGGGACGAGAAAAGUCUGUCUUCCCGCUUCCUCGCCCUGACGUUCCCGUCUGAUCGGCCUAGUACCGAGCAACCUUUCAUGCUCGUGCUGGUCCUUGCGGUGGAGCCAGGAAGUGACCGUUAG